CAUCGUGGAUGCUUCCAAACGUCAACCGCGACAGCCGAUCCAAUUUUAGGUUGGAAAAUCGCUUUUACUUCUCGUUGCUUGAAUUGGCUUCGAUUUUUCACAAAGUUUUUCAAUCUUUGCGUGUUUUCGAAGCAAUUUGCCUACUUUUCGAACCAUGGCUUUGACUGAUGGUCAGCAAGGGGAUGAAGUGCCCCACUUUGUCGCCCCAAUUAUUCAAGACAACCCAACAGGCUGGGGACCAUGUGAAUUGCCAGAUCAAUUCAAGGAUAUGCCCUAUCAGCCUUUCAGCAAGGGGGAUCGCUUGGGAAAGAUUAGCGAUUGGACUGGAGCAGCUUUCCAGGACAAAAAAUAUGCUAGCAAAUAUGCUUCGCAGUUUGGUUCAGGCAGUCAAUACGCGUAUUAUCAUGAUGAGGAUGAGAGUACAUUCCAUUUGGUUGAUACGACUCGCGUGCAAAAACCGCCAUACCAGCGAGGUCGUUUCAGAAUGAACCAACGCAACAUGAGAGGAGGCCGAGGUGGUCGCAACAAUACCAUGGGAGGAGGCAUGCAGUCUCUGGGUAAAGGCAUCAAAGCACGGGACGCCUACAAGAAAAACCAAGUCCGCAAGUUUGGACAAGGCCGGGUAAGGCCCCAAAUCAAAAUCAGGGACGCCUCUGUUACGGUGAAAAACGAUUGGCAUACUAUUGAGGAAAUGGACUUUCCUAGGCUCGGCAAACUGUCUUUGCCAGGCAUUAAAGAAGGGGACGACAUUGUCCGUUGUGGCGAGCUGGAGUAUUACGACAAGUCCUACGAUCGCGUCAACGUUAAAAACGAAAAACCUUUACAAAGCGUCAACAGAAUCUUCCACACUGUGACCACUACUGAUGAUCCAGUGAUUCGUAAACUGACCAAGACCGAGGGAAAUGUGUAUGCUACCGAUACAAUUUUGGCUACUAUCAUGUGCAGCACCAGAUCCAACUAUUCUUGGGACAUCGUCAUUGAGAAGAUUGGAGACAAGCUGUUCUUCGAUAAGCGCGACAACACGGAGUUCGAUCUGUUGACUGUAAAUGAGACAUCAGUGGAGCCACCACAGGAUGAUGGAAACUCCCUGAAUUCGCCCAGGAACUUGGCAUUGGAAGCCACUUUCAUUAAUCACAACUUCAGCCAACAAGUGUUGAAAUCCGGGGCCAAUGAGCAGCGCUACAAGUUCGAGGAGCCGAACCCAUUUGUCUCUGAGGAGGAGGACGGCGAAAUCGCUAGCGUCGCCUAUAGAUACAAGAAAUGGGACUUGGGAGGAGGAAUUACUUUGGUCUCGCGUUGCGAACAUGACGCAGUAGUUCAAUCGCCCAAUGGUGAACUGCAGUUCUUGACCAUCAAGGCGUUGAAUGAGUGGGACUCCAAACUGGCCAAUGGGGUGGAAUGGCGCCAAAAGCUGGACAUCCAAAGAGGCGCUGUGUUGGCUAACGAAUUGAGAAAUAACGCUUGCAAGUUGGCCAAAUGGACCGUUCAAGCUUUGUUGGCUGGAAGCGACCAAAUUAAGUUUGGAUAUGUGAGUCGUUCACAUGUUCGCGACAGUAGCAAACAUGUGAUACUAGGAACGCAGCAAUACAAACCAACCGAGUUUGCCACCCAGAUCAAUCUAAACAUGGAUAACGCCUGGGGAAUUUUGAGGUGCAUUAUUGAUAUUGUCAUGAAGCAAAAGGACGGGAAAUAUUUGAUCAUGAAAGAUCCCAACAAGCCAAUGAUUCGUCUCUACGAUAUUCCCGACAACACCUUCGAGUCGGAGGGAGAGGAUGAGAGCGAUGAAGAUUCUCCUCAGGACAACGCAAACUUUCACAGUUUGUACUCGUACAAUGCGAGCGCCAAGCGCUAAUGAUAGAAAAAAAAUGGAAUUCAAAAGUUUUCAAUUGUAAUCUAUGGGUAACUAGGGGUUUACAUCAAUGCUUUUUUGCUCUGUAAGUUUCGUAAAUAAAGCACUUUUGUCUAG